AUGAAGCUGCUUAGAUGGGAAGAGAGUAACAGUAGGCAAAAGUCCAGAGCUUUAUGGAUCAAUUUAGGGGACCAAAACACAAAGUAUUUUCAUAAUUGUAUCAGACAAAGGCAAGGUAGAAAGAAUAUAGUUACUCUCAAAUGCAAUAAUGGGAGUAUCACUAAUGAGCCUGAAAUGAUUAAAACUGAAAUCAUUAGUCUUUAUCAGAACUUUCUAGGGUUUGCUAAUAUGCACAGAACUCAUGUUGAUCCUAUUAUCUUUAAUGAUGGUUAUGUUCUAAUAGAGGAAGAUAUUAUCUUGCCUAACAAGCCAGUUACUCCUGAUGAGAUAAAAGAAAAGUGCUGGGGAAUUGUGGGAGCUGAAGUCUCAAAAGCUAUUUUUGAGUUUUUCAACCAUGGAUUUACGAUGAAGCAAAUAAAUUCAACUACUAUAACUCUUGUGCUUAAGGUGCUAAUAAGCACCCAUGGCCUCUGA